AUGGUGAUGGUGAUCUGUUUAGCCCACUGGCCACCACCGUCCAUGGGCAGUGAUGGGACCACAGCGGGCCACAGUCUGUCGGAUGCGGAGAUGCAGAAAAUAUUGCUAGCGAAUGGGAACGGCAACGGCAACGGCAACUAUGGCAACAUCUCCGAGUUUCACUUUCUGAUCACUGGCGGAUAUCGGCCGGAGAAAAAUAACCUGGUCAAGUAUGUGGUGUCGGUGCGGACCAGUAGGGAGCGCAAAUUCUUUGGCGAUAAUCACUUUUGCGGCGGAGCAGUCAUUUCCACGACGGUCAUUCUGACCGCUGGCCACUGCCUCUACUCGGGAACCACCAGGAUAAAGGCCAGCAGGCUGAAGGUCGUGGCCGGUACACCGCGACGGCUGCAGCGCACAGACGUCACACAGGUGCGAGAUGUCGAUGCGGUGAAGCCUCAUCCCAAGUACACGCCAAAGCGACUCAAGAACGACAUUGGGCUGCUGCUGCUGAAGAAGGCGCUCAAUCCCAAUCCGGAAUUCGUGCAGAUAAUUCCCCUCUCCACCGCCACGCCAGCGGCGGGCUUGAAGUGCACAGUCGUCGGCUGGGGCACGGUCAUACAGUUUGGUCCCACGCCCGACGAGGCCGUCAACGGUGAUGUGUCCGUCAAUGACAAUUCGUUUUGCUCCUCGCUGGAGGGCUUCGGCAAGGGCAUGCUUUGUGCCAGCGAUGCCAGCGACCACGAGGUGGACAGCUGCCAGGGCGACUCCGGCGGACCUCUCAUGUGCGAUGACAUUGUUGUUGGCGUCGUCUCGUUUGGUGCCGGCUGCGGCGAACCCAAUUCGGCCGGCGUUUACUCGAACGUCCACUACUUUGGUGAUUGGAUAAGGACAAAUGGCGGCACUCGACACGCGGUCGCCGUCACCCUGCCACUCCUCAUCAGCCAGCUGCUGCUGCUGCUGCUGCUGCCGAUGCUGCUCUGCUUCUGAUUCGUGUGUCCAUAAAUGCUUAUUAGAUUCCACGUACCAUGGCAGUUCUUUGCAUUCAACAGGCGAUGGAGUAGGACGUGGCCAGCGCGCAGCUACUAAGUAAUCACCGUUCGCUGCUCAUCGCGGUGUACCCUGGGAACCUGCAACAUGCAACCUACAAGCCAGGCAGCCAGCCUGCAAACGACAAACCAAAAUUGACUAAAACCAACGGGCACGGCCUGUCAGGCUCUCUCGCGGACAUGCUGUGUGUGGGAGGUGUCCGUGUCCUUGUCCGUGUGGGUGGGAGCAGG